GAGAGAGAAACGGUGCGGAGCAUCAGGGGACCCCCAUUAUAGUGAUGCUCGUAUGCAUCUGAUAUUAUAGUGCAUUAUCAUUUCUCCGCGAUGGGAAUGUAUUUACGCUCUUUCCAGAUCCAUGUGCGCGCUCUUAAAUAAGAGUCGUGACCGCGUUUCCGGUUCCAACGGCUGGGAAUAAACUUUCCAUUUUUUUUUUUUUUUUGUUUUCUUUUCUUUUUUUUUUUUACUUGUAAGGACAGAGCAGAUCUGGUGUAUCACAGUCAGAUUUAAGUUGCAGAAAUGAGGGAAAGGUUCGCUUUCUAUCUUCUCAUCCUCGCGUUAACGCUGUUUUGGCACACGAGCUCAGUGUCUGCAGAUGCCACAACAGAUGCCUUCAAAAACAACAUUACCCUAUUCACUCGCAUCCUGGACCGCCUUUUGGAUGGCUACGAUAACCGACUGAGACCAGGACUGGGAGAUCGAGUCACCACAGUAAAGACAGACAUCUACGUCACCAGUUUUGGCCCUGUUUCAGACACCGAUAUGGAGUACACCAUUGACGUGUUCUUCAGGCAAAGCUGGAAAGAUGAACGACUGAAGUUUGAGGGACCAAUGAAUAUUCUGCGUUUGAACAACCUGAUGGCCAGUAAAAUCUGGACUCCAGACACAUUCUUUCACAAUGGGAAGAAAUCUGUUGCACACAACAUGACCAUGCCCAAUAAACUACUGCGUAUCCAAGACGACGGCACCCUACUCUACACCAUGAGAUUGACGGUGCAUGCUGAGUGUCCAAUGCAUCUCGAGGAUUUUCCCAUGGACUUCCAUUCCUGUCCGCUCAAAUUCGGCAGCUAUGCCUACACAACAACGGAAGUGACGUACACCUGGACAAAGAAUGCAUCUAACUCUGUGGUGGUAGAGGAGGAGAGCUCUAGACUCAACCAGUACGACCUUCUGGGACAAACUGUGGGCAACGAAACCAUCAGAUCCAGCACUGGUGAAUAUACGGUGAUGACGGCUCACUUCCACCUGAAAAGGAAGAUUGGUUAUUUUGUGAUUCAGACGUACCUCCCAUGCAUCAUGACUGUCAUCCUGUCCCAGGUGUCCUUCUGGCUGAACCGAGAGUCCGUUCCGGCCCGGACCGUGUUUGGCGUGACCACAGUACUGACUAUGACCACUCUGAGUAUCAGCGCCCGAAACUCCCUACCGAAAGUCGCCUAUGCCACUGCCAUGGACUGGUUCAUCGCCGUGUGUUAUGCCUUUGUCUUCUCCGCACUGAUCGAGUUUGCCACUGUCAACUAUUUCACCAAGCGUGGCUGGGCUUGGGACGGAAAGAGCGUAGUCAAUGACAAGAAAAAGGAGAAGGCCUCAGUCAUCAAGAAAAACAACGCAUACGCCGUUGCUGUGGCGAACUAUGCCCCCAACAUCACCAAGGACACCGUCCUCCCCACCAUCGCUAAGGGGAGCAUGGCCGAGCUAGGGAAGGCCAAAGUUGAUGGAAAACCAGCCGAGUCUAAGAAAACCUUCAACAGCGUGAGUAAAAUUGACCGCAUGUCCCGCAUCAUGUUUCCAGUCCUCUUUGGGACUUUCAACCUGGUUUACUGGGCGACGUACUUGAACAGAGAACCCGUGAUCAAAGACAUGGUGCCCUCGAAUUAGAGACCUUCCUGGGUUGCCAUGGGUUUCACAAAAGCAGGACAAAAGACUAGGCCAAAACCACCCAGGGACUCUGAAUACAUCACUCUCCAAUGCUUUUUCUCCAUCUGCUCCCAAACAGACGUGCCAUGGAUUGUUGCAAAAUGCCUUUCUGUCUUUAUCUGUCUCUGUCUCGCUCUCAUCUCUCUUUUCUACAGCUUUUUAAGCAGUGCUUUUGAAAUGACAUUUGCCUUUGUACAUAUGUACAUACUGAAAAAGAUGUGUUGCGUAAGUUCACAACGUUUGGUUUUGACGUGUUCUGCACCGUGAGAAUUUGUAGUCAGAGUUCUCCUGAAAUCUGACUUUGGACCACUCUCUGUGAUCUAGAUUAGCAAAUUAUAGUGAUUUAUUUAUUUAUCAAAAUGGUGUAAAUGUUACUAUUUUUGUGAUGGUGCUUGUUUUUGAGUAGCCUGUUAUUUUUAUUAGACCAAGCUCUUUUGUGGUUAUGGUCGAAUAUUUUGUUCUGGGCCCAUACACAAAAAAGACAUGAAAACAACUGUUUACACACAUUUAUGAAUCUUUUUUUUUUUUUUUUUCUUUUUGUGCUAUUAUUUUCUUAACUUGUAUUGAACCUAGAAUGUUCCUUUAACUGCAUUUUGGAUUAUAACAAAAUGUUAAAAUGGUUUUGGACCUGUUUGAUGUCAGUUUUGUUUUUUAAUACAUCCCUUUAUCUUUAAUGCAGCAGCAUAGUAUGAUAGGGUGAUGGGGGAAGCUCACACAACCUGAACUUUAAAGUCAAUAUGAAACAGCAUUCGCAACCCAGUUUAUUUCCGAAUAAAACAAGAUAUUCAACAAAUAUAUAUAUAUAUAUAUAUAUAUAUAUAUAUAUAAUUUUUAAGGACCAAUUUCCAAUGACCAGUGGUUAGAGGGGAGGGGUUAACAAAGAAGACAGCUUUGUGAUAGGGUUGCAAACUGUCCCAUAAUUGAUGGGACGUCCCAUAUUUUGGCCAAAAUUAAGACGACCUGAACGUCCCAUCCUGUAAAGAGGCAAAACGUUAGCCCCCCCACCCCAUUUGGACAGUGAAAUGCUCGAGAGUGUCCUUGAGGGCAAAACGUCCCAUAUUGAAGUGCUCAGAAUGCUUGAGCAAAAAGUUGACAACUCUACUUGAUGUCAGCUGAAAAAGCAAAGAUGUUUCAGAGGCGGAGCAAGUUUAUUUCAUUUUGAAAAAAAGAUUACAAACAUAUACUUUUUUUAAAUUGAAAUGACAUGCCAGGAACAUGUAAUUCAGAUAGUAAAUAUAGUAACAUUUUUAGUUUAUGUUGAAUUUGAUGUAACUACACCAGGUGCUGUGGUCUGAACCCUGGAAUCAUCCAUUUUGGCAUGGACAAAAAUUCUGUUUGACCAGCAAUUGCUAGCAUUUCACCUAUACAUUUUGCUUUGUCCAGUCAAGGUCAAAAAAUAUGUCAACACUGAAUCAAAAAAGUGUUGAGGUUCUCUAUGGGCAGAAGCCAAAUCAACAUUAAGAGUGUUUAAUUAAAAGGUUUUCGUACCUUCUAAAUACUUAAACUCACUUUUUAAGCCUGAUCUUAUGAAAAUUGCAUGCUGUGGCAACAUUUUUGAAAAAACGACAUUAUGUGGUUCAUUACAUGUCUUGCGGCAGUUCUGAGGUGAAAUGUCCACUGUGUGGCGCUAAAAGCAAAUUUGUUCUCCCAAACAGAAGACAUUUUUAAGGUUAAUUCUCUAUUGAGUUUUAAAUCAACAAAACCGACCUCCCUACCCUAAACCUUCAACCUAAACCUAACCAAAAGUGUCAUAAAAGCAAAUGUGAGAUAAAAAAUGCAAUUUCUGUAGAAACCAUAUAAUUUUGUUGUGCUUCUAUGACACUUUCAGCUCACGGGUCGACUUGCGUGCUCUUAAGGACUCGGACCCCAGUCCUUCACAUCACAAAUCAGUUCAGCUACCAUGCAAUUUGAUCACCUUCUAACAAGCUUGUAGUUGGUUAUGUAAUGCAAACGUUAAUUGUAUUAAUUGUAAAUGUUAAAAGUCAUGUGCUAUACUAAAAGUGUUUAGAUGUCAUAAAAUAGCAUUGUGUGAGGAACAGAGUGAAAAGUGUUUUAUGAUCUGAUAAUAUGCCACUUUACUCGUGAUGAGUGUAAAAGUGAUUAAAAGUCGUUGUUGUAGCGCCUCUGGUGUUCACCAGGAAACUGAUGCUAUAUGUUCAAUGAGCCAUUAUUAAAAAUGUAGGUAUAGUAAUGUGAUUAUUUGAGGCCAGGUUGCAAUUUUCUAUGCAUUGCUUUAAUCCAUUAUAAUACAAUAAAUCCACUAAAUGUAACAGCUCAGGUUGAAUAGAGCUUUCCUCACACGCCUCCUACAAAUGUAAAGUGUGUAAUUUUUUCAAAGAUAAAAUACUUCUGUCAUCCGUAGGUUGAGUCUAGAGAUACAUACAUUUACACACUUCACCUUUCAAACUGGAACUGAGGAUAUGAGUGAACACAUUAAAAAACACUUAAAAUACAACCAUAAUAUUUGCUGAUUUCAUGUUCAGUAAUUUCCUCAUUGUGCCACUGUGCUUUCCUUGUACUGGAAACCUAUUGCUGACGAUGAUAUUUGGACCAAAAGACCGACAAGUGCUUCAACUACUGCAUGUUUACAACAAUUGUUUACCCUCCAAAAUGAAACGAAAUAUUUUUGCUCUUAAAAUUUAUCGUGUUCCUUAUAAAAGAUCAUGCAGUAAUGUUGUAAAAAUGUCAUUGACUCUGAAUUCCACAAAUUCUGAAUGCCUGUCACAGAGUGAACAACAUAUUAUAUAGAUAUUGUUGAUGUACACUUGUGUAUGAUUUAACAUGAGCCUGUUUUAUGUUGUCUGUUUGUACAGUUUUAUAGACACACACACACACACGUCAAAAUAAGCAUUGUGUUUUUUUUUUCUUUUUUUUUUCUUUUAUCAAGCAAACCUUGGUUUCAAAGUAAAAAUUAUUUUUGAAGGAAAUAUGUAUGUUAAUUUAAGCAUGCUGUGGCCUCUUCUUCGCUCUAUAGUACAUGAUCAAAUAAUUCUGGAAUGGUGUACAUUGUUGUUACUAUUAUUUAGUACUAUUUAUUACUGUUAAUUUUGCUCAUUAUAAUAUAAACAUAUACUUUUCUAAUUUUCAAAGUGUCAAUAUGUUUCAUAAUAUUGUUUUUCAGACGAAAUGUAUUUAAUUAUUUAUUGAGAUAUAUACUUAUAUAAUAAUUUAUUAUCUUCUUAAUUUUUUAUAUGUAUUUGACAUGCUUUCAUCAUAUUAAAACAAUUUUCUGUGUGGUAUAAUAUCGUUUCAAGCUCUGCUUUACUUUUUCAUGUUGCUUUGAUUGUACUGAAAGAUGGUUGCAUCUUUGUUAUGCAUAAAAUGUUUGAGCAAUAAAAAAGAGGUGAUAUUUCAAGUUCCUGGCAUGGAAACAAGCUUUCCACACUCAGAAUGUAACUACAUCUCAUAUGCCUGCAGAAAGACAGUGUAAAUACAUCCCGUAGGGAAUGUUCAUAUUCUCAGUUGGUGGGAUGUUCCGAAAAGAAUGUUUAAAUUUUACAGGGGGUUUUUUUGUUUCAUUUUUGGGUGUUACAACUGAACUGUCAAUCAACAUUUAACGAUAAUUGCAUUAUGAUUUAAUUGAAUACAUGAGGAAGAAUCAUAAAAUGUAUAUCUUUGCAAACAAAUCAUCAAGACCAGAUACGUUCUCCACUAAUCUCGGUUACACUUCUAUAUCAUGAGUUGAAUAUGUUGUUUCCUAAUGUGUGUGUGAAUUUGGGCACAUAGAACAAGCAAACUGCUUUGGUCCAUCAAAUGAAGGAACUCUUUAUCUAAAUAUUGGUAAUCUCUCUUUCAAACGUCAUUCUACUUUCUCUUUCAACAGCUUCUUGUUAAAUAAAUGA